CUACAGCCUAGUCGUCUGGCUUUUUCCAAAGCAUGCAAGUAACCAUGGAGAUUGACGACGAUGACCCAGUUGUCCGCGAACUUGACGUGUACAUUUGCAACGAGUUUACAGGGUCUAGCACGCAGCUAGGCCUGCUGCAGCACCCGCUACGCCCACCAUGGCGUCCUUACGAAUACAACAAAGUUAAGGCCAUGCGAUUCAAGCCGCAGGCGAAGCGCAUCGAGGUGGAUUUGCCCCUAGACACGGAAUCACGCAAUUACAAUGACGUUAUUGAGGACAUGAAGAAAGUGAAACAAUUUACCUUGCGGUCGACGCUGAACGAAGAGCGUACCAAUCUGGCGGUCGGCACCAUUAAGGGCGGCAAGCUUCUCAUUGCCCCGCUUGGCUUUGCGGUUCAGCUGCGGCCAUCGCUUCACCAUCUCAACGUCGCUUCAAACGCAAAGGAUAAGGGUGGCGCUGAUAGCGAUGAUGAGGAGGAGGACGAGCCCAAGCUGCAUGCCGUCGAGGUGCAGGUCCAGAAGCGCGAGACGGAGCGGCAAGCCCAGGCGCGCAAGAACUCCUACGCCUACAUCGUCCAAAAGGAGGAGGAGGAGCCCUUUGUCAACCUAAACGUCCACAGCGAGGACAGCGAAGCAGCAUCCCGCAUCUGGGACAAAUUCAUGUCUGCCCGGGAGCUCGACCACACCGCCAACCGCCUAGACCGCCAAGCCUACCUCCGCGCCAUCGUCCCGCCUCCCAGCGCCUCCGCCACACCAGGCGGCUCCGCACAGCCCGACAGCCACCAUUCCACCGCUCAUCCAUCCUUGGGCGGGGCCGCGGGCGGCUCCGGAGCCGCCGGUCAACUCUCCGAACCCGCUCGUGCCGCGCUUCCCAACGCCCUCCGCGCUCUCUUCCGCGAGCACUCCGUCUGCUCCAUGGCCAACGUUCGCUCCUGGCUGGACAGCAGCCCAGCAGCUGCUGCCGCCAAGGAAGCCGCGCUGCUGCCGGACAAGGUGCUUCACGACGCGGUACUAUCUCUGGGCAGCAUAAUCAGCAUGCACCGAGUGUACGUGGCCACCAAGACGGGCGACGAGAAGACGGAUCCGCUGCGCAAGCUGGUUCUGGAGCUGCUGGAGGCGAAGGAGUGCUUCAAGCGCUCCGAGUUUAACGACCUGGCCCGAACCCACAACAUGGCGUUUACGGAGACGCAGUACAACAAGGUGGUGAAGGACAUUUGCGAGUCGCGGGGGAACACAUGGCACAUCAAGAAUGGAGCGUCGGGGUUGUGAGGGAGGGUGGCGAGAGGGGGCGGAGGAUAGGGGGGAGAGGGGCAGGUAUUGGUGCUGGUGGUUUGGGUCUGGACAUGGGGGGCGCAGCAGUUGGGUGCUGCUUGGGGUCUUGGGAGGAAUGAAGAAGGUAAAAAGCUAUUUCAGGGGGUAGGAGAGGAGAAGAUAUGUGGAGCGGUUGGGAGUGUGGACGGCGGGGAAGGCGGGAAAAUGAAUCCUGCGUUGCAUUUUGAACGAUUAUAGCCGUAUCGGCGUGAAGCACACAUUUUUGUCAUGGAGUCCCUGUAUGACUGAACGACUCUCCUUAAAGAGGCUGCUACUAUGGGUUUACGGGCCUGGCUCAAAUGGUAGAUGGUUUGGGUUGUGCAUGUGUGCGGAGUUGAACAGCGGUGCUCUCAUUGGGUGUUCAUUCAUUCACGCUGUUUUCAGGUUUCCUUGCUUCUACGGCAGGUUCCUGCAGCUCGUGUGCAAACAGGCUAUAUACGGUAUACCAGAACCUGGUUGUGGUAGCAAGGUGGUAGCGCACUGUAGACUUGUGUAUGUUUCUAUCGUGCUCUCUGCGGAUGGGCUCUGGAACGGCAAGGCCAGGCAGAGGCAGAGGCUUCACAUGGCUGGGGGACUGUGACAACAGGGGCAACAGCCCCGUGCUCUGGAUCUUUGGACCUUCCGGCUGUGUUGCGGUGUGCUGCGAGGUUGGGGUGUCACGUUGGGCGUUUGUCGUGCGCCGGUCGUGGCGACAGCGGUCUCACAGCGGCGUGGAGUGCGGUAGCUGCUUGCCUGUUUAGUACUUGUGCAGUCCAGCGGCGGAGAAUCCAGGCGAUCGUGCCAUUUGCGUGUGUGUUGCACGGCGCCUACCGAUACUGCUUGGUGCAGCGGAUCAGCGUACAGUGCUCUGCAUCGGUCAGAUGCUGACCACACGCAAGGGAUGCGACGGCGUAUGGGUAUCGUGGACCAUGUGCCCUAGACAGUUUAAUAACGAGCAAAGCGUAAUGGGCUUCAACUUGCAAAUUACAUGUAGUU